ACAUCUACGUCUGCAUGAUCUCCUUCGCCCACAACGUGGCGGCGCAGGGUAAAUACGUCGCCAUCAUCAGCACCACGGUGGAGACCAGCGACCCCGAGAAGGAGAUCAAGCCGGCCCUGGACCUGCUGACCCCCAUCGAGCAGAAGUUCGUCAGCAUCAGUGACCAGUACGCGCCCACUGACAUGGGCACCGACAGCCAGGUCUUCAUCUCGCGCACCUACGACGCCACCACCCACUUCGAGACCACCUGCGACGACAUCAAAGACAUCUACCGGAGGAUGACGGGCUCCGAGUUUGACUUUGCCGAGAUGGAGCGCAAGAAGCAGGACACCUUCGGGGACGCCGCGGACUAGAGACGGACGCGUCCGCAACACCCCCCGGGACAUCAAAGACAACCGAAAUCUCACAAAAUAUAGAAAACCUACUCAAAAAAUGUACACACCUAUGGGCUGGCGGAUCAUCAAAGCACAUGGUUUGCCCCGUUUAGGAAGUCCAUGAUAUAUAUAUAUAUUUAGGGAGACCUGAUAGAGUGUUAUUGGACAGGGUUCGGGGGUUGGGGGGGGGGGGGGGUUGGGGGUCUGGCUAUGCUUUUUAAAUCUCAUUCAGACGGAUGUUGCACUAAACACUGGUUAAUUUACAGUAAAAACCCUACGUUCUUCUGCUUCAUCAUGGUAAAAUGAUGCAUAGUCCAAAGAUGCCAAAUCAAAUGAGGGUCAUAAUCAUCCUACAGAGGGGGGUACAUGUGAUAGGGGG